UGUCUUCUGAAGCAGCAACAGUAUAUGGCGUGGUGGGGGUGUGGGGACAAUCAUAGCUGUGUCCUGCUGAAAGGCUAUAUGAAUCAUGGCUUAUUAGAAUGGUUGAUACUGUGUAAAUGAAUGGUUUUAUCUCCAAAUGCCUUAAACGUUCAUCUCUUCAGGUGUGACAUGCACAAGUCCUUUUAGAAACAUUGUUGUGAUCUGCUCAGUGUCUGCAAACUGUGUUGUUAGAAAAAGAUGUAAAUUGCAGCUUACAAGGAGUAUUCAUUUGUGAGAUCUCAUGCUUGGAAGGCAGACUUAUUUAGGAUCAAAAUCAUAGGUGAUAUAUUCUCUAAUUAAUGAAUUAGAUCUGACUCAGCUCAGAUUGGCUUGCCAGAGUUAUGUUUAUUUAAUGUGCUUUACGUAGCAAAUGAUUAUGUGGCAGUGAGAAAAAAAAACACUCUGUGUAGCUGUAGUGGUUGAGUGAGUCAGGUCCUGAGGCCACUCCAGCCAUCCUUUCUACAAUUCAUGUGAAACACGUACUGCAAGACAAAGCGUCUGACAAUUGGGAGGGUGGUUCUGGAGUCCUCAGAAUCCAGAGUGAAUUAAAGUCUAGACUCUGUGAUUUUUCAGGGUAAAGGGAGGCGGGAGAAAGCACAGAUCAGAUAUGCCCGAAGUGGUCCAGAGGCAAUACGGAAGCAAGGAUGCUGUGGCUGGUCUGCGUGUGGUGAGGAAGCCAGUGAAGACAGAGCAGCAGCAGGAGCAGCUGCAUUCUCAGGAGUAGUAAGAGAAACAGCAUCAGAAGUCAGCCUCCUCUUGUAAAAAGCAGGAGACUGCAGGCUUGCAAAAUGCCAGAUUCUCUGAUGUUUGAAAAUCUCCCCAGUUGAGAAUGGCUACCAUCGAAACGUUGCCAAGACACUCUCAUGAUCCAGACAGUCACAACUGUGUGUUAGCCACAGUCAUUUCACGCAACUAAAUGAUACUCUGGGUAGAUUUCAGGUCAAUAGACAACUCCCCGAAGAAGAAGAUAUCAAAUUACCCAAAAAAGAAAAACAGGGGAAAAAUAAAGUUUGGGCAUGCCUGCAGGAACGGUGGUGUUUUUAGAGACUACAUAGGAGGCAGAAGCUAAGUGUUGAUUUGCCCAUGCCUCUUACCUGGGAGUAGAAGGUGGGAAGAAAUGGACAGUGGCUCUGAUGAGAAGAGGAGGCACAGUGCAGCUCGGUGAAGCCACACGCUGACUGCGUUCUGCACGGCUCUUCAUGCAGUGCUGUGGGCUGGUGCAUCGGAGGCGAGCACGGGUGUCCUAUGGUUCGGCAGACUCCUACACCAGCCGUCCAUCCGAUUCAGAUGUUUCUCUGGAGGAAGAUCGGGAGGCAGUGCGCAGAGAGGCAGAGCGACAGGCCCAGGCCCAGUUGGAAAAAGCAAAGACAAAGCCCGUUGCAUUUGCCGUUCGGACAAAUGUCAGCUAUAGUGCAGCCCAUGAAGACGAUGUUCCGGUGCCAGGCAUGGCCAUCUCAUUCGAAGCAAAAGAUUUUCUGCAUGUUAAGGAAAAAUUUAACAAUGACUGGUGGAUAGGGCGAUUGGUUAAAGAAGGCUAUGAAAUCGGAUUCAUUCCAAGCCCAGUCAAGCUAGAAAAUAUGAGGCUACAGCAUGAACAGAGAGCCAAGCAAGGAAAAUUCUACUCCAGUAAAUCAGGAGGAAAUUCAUCAUCCAGUUUGGGUGACAUAGUACCUAGUUCCAGAAAAUCUACGCCUCCAUCAUCUGCUGUAGACAUAGAUGCUACUGGCUUAGAUGCAGAAGAAAAUGAUAUUCCAGCAAACCACCGCUCCCCUAAACCCAGUGCAAACAGUGUAACGUCACCCCACUCCAAAGAGAAAAGAAUGCCCUUCUUUAAGAAGACAGAGCACACGCCUCCGUAUGACGUGGUCCCUUCUAUGCGACCAGUGGUCCUGGUGGGCCCCUCUCUGAAGGGAUACGAGGUCACAGAUAUGAUGCAGAAAGCGUUGUUUGAUUUUUUAAAACACAGAUUUGAAGGGCGGAUCUCCAUCACAAGGGUCACUGCUGACAUCUCGCUGGCCAAACGCUCAGUGUUGAACAAUCCCAGUAAGCAUGCAAUAAUAGAGCGAUCCAACACAAGGUCAAGUUUAGCGGAAGUUCAGAGUGAAAUUGAAAGGAUUUUUGAACUUGCAAGAACACUGCAGCUGGUAGUCCUUGACGCAGACACUAUUAACCAUCCAGCCCAACUGAGUAAAACCUCUCUGGCCCCUAUUAUAGUGUAUGUGAAGAUUUCUUCUCCUAAGGUUUUGCAAAGGUUAAUAAAAUCUCGGGGGAAAUCUCAAGCUAAACACCUCAAUGUCCAGAUGGUAGCAGCAGAUAAGCUGGCUCAGUGUCCUCCGGAGUUGUUUGAUGUGAUCUUGGAUGAGAACCAGCUCGAGGAUGCCUGUGAGCACCUGGCCGACUACCUGGAGGCCUACUGGAAGGCCACCCAUCCCCCCAGCAGCAGUCUCCCCAACCCUCUCCUCAGCCGGACUUUAGCCACUUCAACUCUGCCUAUUAGCCCUACGCUAGCCUCCAAUUCACAGGGUUCUCAAGGUGAUCAGAGGACUGAUCGCUUGGCUCCCACCCGUUCUGCUUCCCAAGCUGAAGAAGAGCCCUGCCUGGAACCAGUCAAGAAACCACAGCACCGCUCCUCCUCCUCUGCACAGCACCACAACCACCGCAGCGGCACCAGCCGAGGCCUCUCCAGGCAGGAGACGUUGGACUCGGAAACGCAGGAGAGCCGAGACUCGGCGUAUGUGGAGCCAAGGGAGGAGUACCCCCACGAGCACGCAGACCACUAUGCCCCUCACCGCGACCACAGCCACCGAGAUGAGAGCCACGGGAGCGGGGAGCACAGACACAGGGAGCCCCGGCACCGGGCCCGGGACCCCGAUCGCGAGCAGGACCACAACGAGUGCAACAAACAGCGAAGCCGCCAUAAAUCCAAGGAUCGCUACUGUGACAAGGAUGGAGAAGGGAUAUCCAAGAGACGGAAUGAGGCUGGGGACUGGAACAGGGAUGUUUACAUCCACCAAUGACUUCUGGCCCUUUUGCAUUUUGUCUUUUUUUUUUUCUUUAAGUCUUGUAUCCCACCACCCUCAAACUCAUCUUUGGGGUCUACACUGCAAUCAUAUGUGAUCUGUCUUGUAUAUUUUGUAUUGCUGUUGCUUGAAUAGCAAUAGCAUGACAUAGAGUAUUAAUAUACUUUUUUUUUCCUUUUGUAAGUGCUAUAGAAAUUCGCCUGGAACGGCUGCAGUUCUCCAGUUGUAUACUGGACUUUUCAAAAACUGUCUGGGAUAGCUGCCACUUGAACAAAAGCUGUUGCCAUCCAGGUGGCCGUUAGUAUUUUAAGAAGCAUAGCUGACAUUUUCAAAAAUGUAGCUGACGUAUCCAGCAGGCCAGAAUUGGCCCAGCUAAAAAGUGGAAUUUCUUGAUUCUCCAGAUUUUUAACAUGUAGGCACCUGAUUUGCAUAGUCAUCCAUGGACCACUGUUUCUUGCUUGUACCUCUGGCUGACUAAAUUUGGGGACAGAUUCAGUCUUGCCUUACACAAAGGGGAUCAUAAAGUUAGAAUCUAUUUUCUAUGUACUAGUACUGUGUACUGUAUAGACAGUUUGUAAAUGUUAUUUCUGCAAACACCUUCUUAUAAUUAUAUAUAUAUAAUAUAUAUAUAUUAUAUAUAUAUAUAUAUCAGUUUGAUCUCACUAUUUUAGAGUCUUAAUGCCAAGUCAGCAGAUUUGCUUUAUGAAUUACAGGGACUAGAAAUGCCCACAUUCAGGAAAUUUGUAAUAACAUCGUCUAGACGCCCCUCCCCAUUCUCGUAGAAAGCCUGUACAUACUGUAAAUACAUGUGACUGCCUGACUUGAAAAGGUUUGAUUUCUGAAUGUUUUACCGUCCUUGUAAGUUUAUCAUUUUGACCAUAAAUUAAGGUAAAUGUAACCAAACUCCAAAGGUUGUUCUACUCCAUGCAGUUCACACUGACUGUGACAAACACCUCCUUCGUAGCUAGUGUCUGAGGUCACAGCACUGGAGUCUAUGAGCCGGAGCUCUGUGUGUGCCUGCGUGUGUCUGGGUGUGUACGUGUGCGCGUGUGCGAGGCAGACAUGGACCUGAAUGAAUGCCGAGGACUAACGAAGAAACCAGCGACCGCCCCCGAGGAGCGCCCCCGAGGAGCCCCCCCACCUGGCUCUGCGCCACCGGGAUCCAGGACUGCGAGGAAGCUCGCUGCCAAAGGGGACUCGGGGCGCAGCUGCCCGCAGGCUCCUUGUUUCUGCUCUGAGAGCGUAAGACCUACCGGCAACUUUUAACUGUGAGUGUUUCACUGGAAAUGUACAAUCUUCUGUGUGUUCAAGUAUUUGUUUUAGGAAGAAACGUUUACACAGCUUGUAGAGUUAUUUUGUGGGGAAAUAAAUUUUUCUAACUUCUCCCACUUCCUCUCCCACCUCGCCAGACGUUCCUGUUGUCCCCCAAGCCCCACUCCCACCCCCCCAGUUUACCUCUCGGUACGUCCCCCACCACCGACUCCGUGAGUUUCACUGUCCCACAAAACCCCGAAGUGCUUCUUAGAACCAAAGCUUCUGCUCUUCAGAAGAAAUCAGGGCAAAACGAGGUGACCUGAAGGAAACGAAAUGUUGAGAAUAUUUUCCUCCAUCAGACAUCUCCUCUGAAGGGGAAACCAGCAGAUAUGUUCUCCAUGGACCACGAGGUGGCCGUCACACUGAGGCUAAAACUUCCUGCGUCCCUUACAUGUCCAUCUGUCCAGCUAUGACUGGACAGGUCAGACAGUAUUAGGUGUGCAAGGACCUAGCACUUGAAGUUUGUCCCUGGAAAAUGCCUAUCUACGAUUGCCUACCUUCAGAUCUGUAUAUUCUGUAAUUAUUUUGUUAAGUAAGUUACUCUAUUUUUUUGUCUUGCUUCUUUGCUUAUCUCAGAUUCUUGCCAAAUAUUCUCGGACCUUUAUAAGUAAAACUGUUUCACAUUUAACUCCUUACUCCCCUCCCCCAAAGAAAACUCAGAGUUUUAAAAAUGAGUUACAUAUAUGUAGUGUUUUAGCAGCUAAUGCAGGAACCAUUUCCGCCAAUUUGUUACUUAGCUCUGUACUGUUGACCUAUCUUUAUUUAUUGAAUAUGAAAACAGCAGUCAUAAUAUAUAAAUUUUGAUGUAAAAUAUUCACAUCAUUGGGAAACCAUAUUCCCAUGAAAGUUACUUUUAUAAAACAUUUCCAAUUAACUUCCCAUCACAGUAAGAGGUUGCUGAUCACCAGCCCCAUCCUUUCCUAUGUGAAAUUUCAUCCCAGUUAAUGACUUUGAAAUACUUAAAUCCUUGAAGUAUAACUGGUAUGAAUUUUUUUGCUGCUACCAUUAAUCCCUUUCAAAGAGUCACGCUAACAGAUUCCUUUUUUAAAUAUUCUGGAUUCUUCACUUGUCACUUUACUGUGAAACACAUUAGUCCAAAUCAGAGUAUUCCUCAAAAAACUAUAUUGCAGGAUUUGACAUAAGAGCCUCUACAUGUGAAAAAUGUAUAUUGGAUGUGUGUGUAAACAGUGUGUACUAAAUAUGUAAAUGAAGAAACCAUCCCAAGGAUGACGGGAUAUUUACUGACUUGUGGAAUGUAAAAUUCUAGUCUUUUCACACAGCAAAGGCUUAAAUCUUAACCCACUCAGUUGCAGAACCAUGAUUCUUGUAGUUAACCUAGAAAAUGCUGGAAAUGUUAAGAGUUCUAUGUUUUGUUGUCAACCCCAUUUCAGCUUCUCCUAUGCGCUUCUCUACUGCUCACUGAAGUUACUGUUACAAAAAGGUGCUGCUAAGUGUAGGGUGUCUUAGUUAUACUGUACUUUGGGACAAUGCCACAUCUUAACAUGGUCUGCUCUGCAUUCAUGUUAAACAUUCACUGUCAGCUACACUGAACUGUUCAACUAACCUGGUUUAAAGUCGUUCGUGUAAAACAAAUAAAGAGCUGGCUUCUGCACUGUUUAUAAUUAGUAGUAUUAAUUGCCAUUUUAGGAAUGAUUCUUAGAGCUGAAGAUAUGCUAAAUGUUCAACACUUGGCACUUGUGGUGCAUCUUCCUGGGGGGGGAGGUGGACAGUGCCGAUCACAGCUGAACUGUCCUCACUUCCUGUCACAUCUGCUAACACGACAGCUUACGGUAGGUACAAGCUCUUCUAAAGUAUGAGGCACAGCACAGGAAACUUCCUCCCCCCUGCAUCCUACAUGUUCAGCAAUUCUGGACUCAGAUUUUGAAUUGUAUUUUUCAUUUUUAAAAUGAAGAGCCAUCGUGAUGACAAAUCGAAUUCCUCACCCCUGGCCCUUUGCUCAGUGAUGUAAUGCUGCUAGUCUCGGGUACUCUGAUCUCAUUAAUGCAUCCAAAGUUACACUGUUGGAGAAAACAGCUAAUUAGAUGAUUCGGGGGCAGUUGUUUAAUUUUGGCCAAGCUCUAUUUUUUUACUAUUUGUACUUUACAAUUUAGACUAAAAUGUGACACACAGUUUUGAAGUAAAGUGUACUCACUGUCAAAUUAAAAUGUUUCUGUUUCACAGACAUAUCUAUGGUAAUUAAAUGUUAAAAUAUAUUAACUUUCCUCCACAUUUCCCUGAUUUUUUCCUUUUAUAUUUUUUCUUAAACGUCUGUGUUCCUUAAGAUUGAAUGUGUCUAUUUUCCUAUUUGUUUUAUUUUUUGAAAGAAACCCACUGAAAAAUGUCUGUUAAAGGAAAACAAUUUAACAAUAAUCUGUCCUUUUGUCCUGUCUUCAAUAUGCAAAUAUUUUUCUUCUGUUUUGCCUGCAUUGAUUGCAUUUUGAUAUAUGUUGGUACUGAUCAAAUAUUUACACACUUGCUAUAA